AUGUUUCUUGUUGUAACAAUAUUGUUUAAUACGAUUGUGUCUCAAUCUACAACACGUGAGUGUAUUAACACCACCACAGCAGCAACAAUGGAAGGUAUUAUCACCACUUCACUCAAUUGCAUUGACUCUAAUGCUUUUGAAAACAACAAGAACAUCACCAAAGUCAUUUUCACUGGUGAAGAAAACCUCCGAUUUAUAUAUCAUUGCUUUUCUGGGUGUGUGAAUUUAGCCGCAGUGGAGGUCACUAUACAAUAUGUGAAAAUUGAAGCUCUUGCUGAAAAUUCAUUUUAUAAUACUUCACUUCAAACUUUCGACUUAAGAGGGUACAAUAAACUCCCAAAUAACUGCUUUGCCGACAGUACAUUUCUCAGUGAAAUAACUCACUCCAACUUGCUUUCCAAUAUUGGAAUAAAUGCGUUCAAAAAUACAAAUAUUGAAUAUAUAGAAGUUGCUUUGAAUAGCCCAAUAACACUUUCUAAUUUUGCGUUUGAUGGGUGUGUCAAUUUUAAAGGGUUUUCUAAUGAAAUUGAAUCGUUUGCAACGAUAGGGUGGGGUGCUUUUAGAGGAACAGGAAUUCAAAUUUUUGACUUAAGAGGGUACCAAUUUAUUCCGACAUAUGCAUUCCAAAAUUGUAAGAAACUGGAAUAUAUCAUUGGAGCAGAGCAAGUAACACAAAUAUCUACAAGUGCAUUGUCUGGAUGUACCAACUUAAAGGCAUUAGUCUUGGGAAAAACACUUUCCAAAGUCAGUGCAAAUGCUUUUGAUAAUGUCCCAGAGAAUUUUUUUAUUGUGUAUAAUGGAGGACAGUUCACGUGUUCUGGGUUGAACAACAAUAAAAUAAAAGUCAUAGUAAACUCCACAAGUAAUUGCACUGAUUUUUGUGGUAUUCAACCACUCGUGUUGGACUGCGCAGAAGAUGAGAUUAUUGUAUUGAACAAAACGUGCCAAAAAUGCCCAAUGGGUAAAGUAAAAAGUGUGUCAUACAACACUAUUUCUUGUGAUCAAUGGAACUGCAAUGAAAUUGAAAAUUGUGAAGAAAAUAGUUGUGGGAAGUUAAGUGGAUGUCGCACGUGUAUAUCAGGUUAUUAUUUAUAUGAUGGACUUUGUGUGAAAUGUGGUGAGGGGUGUUCCAAGUGUGACCAAAACACGUGUUUAGAGUGUGAUUCUGGUAAGUUCCAGAGUAUAACAAACACUAGUAUUUGUAUAAAGUGUGCAGACAACUGUGUUGUGUGUGAUUCAGAUACACAAUGUAGAAUUUGUUCGUUUGGAUUUUACAAAAAGUCUGGAAAGUGUUAUUCAUGUGAUAAAAAUUGUGUUUCAGAAUGUAUAGAUGACGUUGGCUGUAAAACGUGUAACACCACGUUUUAUUCUGAGAAUGGAGAAUGUCACCAAUGUAUGUCAAAUUGUUUGUUGUGUUCAAAUAACACAGUUUGUGAGUCUUGUGACACCACCUAUUUUCUAAAUGACAAUUUCACAUGUUCGAAAUGUGACACAAAUUGUGUUAUAAAUAAAUGCCAUCCUUCUUUGGGAUGUGAAAGUUGUGUUGAGACAUAUUUUGUGAAUUCAGGACUUUGUGACAAAUGUCCAAAACAUUGUUUGAAUUGUAAAAACAAUGAGACGUGUACAACUUGCUCUUCUGGUUAUUUCAAUAACAAUGGAUUUUGUAUAUCAUGUGGAGAUGGGUGUAUAAACAAUAUGUGCACAUCUACAGGAUGUUUAGAAUGUAUUUCAGGGUAUUUUAAAGAUGGUCCUCUUUGUGUGAAAUGUCCUUUAAAUUGCUCGGUAUGCACUUCUAAUGGAUGCACAGAAUGUCUUCCAAAUUUUCAAAAAACUGAUGGGAAGUGUGUUGAGUGUGACUUGUUUUGUGAGGACGGAGAGUGUCACCAAGAUGGUUGCCAUCGAUGCAAAAGUGGGUAUUACAUCAAUUCCACUGUUUCCCCAAAAAUUUGUUUGAAAUGUGAUGCGAAGUGUUUGACAUGUAACUCUUUUAAUUUGUGUUUAACAUGUAAUUCUACUUAUGACAAAAUCGAAGGGAUGUGUUGCUCCAAAAAUUGUGUUGAAUGUGUUGUUGGAAGUUGUGUCAAAUGUCGGACAAACUAUUUCCUUCAAAAUGAUGGGUGUGAAAUGUGCGACACAAAUUGUGAGAGUGGAAAUUGUGACACCAAAAGUGGGUGUUUUUUUUGUAAACGUGGUUUCUAUGCCAUUAAUGGAUUUUGCAAACGAUGUGGCGACAAUUGCGAUGACUGCCACAAUGAAGCUAACUGUAAAAAGUGUUCGGAUGAAUAUGAAAUAGUUAGUGGCGUCUGUAAAGAAAAAAACACCAAAACGACAACAAUAGUCGUAACAGUUUCUGUGUGUGUAUUUGUGUUAAUUCUCUUAUGUGUUGUGACUUUGUUGUGUGUAGUACUACUUAAAUGUGUGAAAAAGAAUAAAGUACAAAAACUGGUUGAUUAG